AUGAACAUGGCUAUUGAAAUGGGAAAUGGUAAAUGGCAUGGUUCAGUGGGUGGCAUAGUUAGUGCACCUAUUGAAAAAGUUUGGACUUUGGUCUCUCAAACUAAAAGACUACCCGAAUGGAUGCCAAUGGUAGAAAGAUGCACUUCCUUGGCUGGAGAUGAAGAUGAGGCAGGCUAUGUUAGAUUAGUCUCUGGUUUCAUGUUUCCUGAACAAGAUGGAGAAAGGUCAUGGAUCAAGGAGAGGUUGGUUUCAAUGAACUCAUCAUCACAUAGCUUUAUUUACAAAAUGGAAGCAAGCAAUGUAGGUUUAGAUGGAUCAGUAAAUUCACUAAAACUAGUUGACUAUGGUGAUGAAUCAACUCUAAUUCACUGGUCAUUUGAGAUAAACCCUUUAGAAGAUGUAUCUAAGGACAACAUAGUAGAUUAUCUGGGAUUUCUUUACAAAUCUUGCAUUAAUAAGAUUGAGGGUGCCAUAGAAGCCACAUCAAGAAAUGUUUCGUCAGCCUAA